AUGAAGCGUCUUGAAAAAGACAAGGACACCCUUUACGUGUUGGAAAAUCUGAAGAAUUUUGGUGCUGAGUCUGGCUCUACCAUUUCUAGUAAUGAGACACUAGUUUUGAACCCACCAAAUGCAAAGACUAAGGGAAUGAAAAAUAGUAGAAUCAAAGAUGUGAUGGAGACAAAUCAAAGGAAGAAGAGAACAAAAGAACAAGAAAACCAAGAAAAUAAUGAUCCAAAAGCUCCAACUGAUGUGUCUACAUUCAAUAAUCAUCGGUUUGUAGUACCUAACAUCCCAACAUUCUGUAAUCAGUAUGGAGUACCUAACAUCCCAACAGUGAGUAAUCAGUUUGGAGUACCCAACACCCCAACAUUCAGUAAUCAGGGAAAUUUAAGUUGGCCUUUUGAGCAUCCUCAUUCACAUGUUAGUUAUGGUCAGAUGCCUUUCUCAAACCAGAGGGUUAACCAAUGUCUUCAAGACGCCUGCCACAAUUCUAAUAUGCAGUCAUGCCCGAACUUAAUAGAUUGUUGGCAUGCUCGUUAUCUUUCCCUGGAUGAGUUAAUUACUAAACGGAGACUAAAUGAGAAGGCUGCUCUUUGUUUUAGUCCCAAUGGAGACUUCUCAUAUGGAAUCUAUGCGCCAAUUAUCAAUAUCACUACGGGACAUAUCAUUACUAAAUAUCUAUACUCAUUGUUUUGGGGGUUUCAGCAAAUCAGCACUUUGGGAGGAAAUCUAACUCCAAGCUAUAACAAUGGUGAAAUUAUCUUUACGAUGGUAAUUAUUGGACUGGGACUCUUCCUCCUUGCUCUUCUGAUCGGAAACAUGCAAAAUUUUCUCCAGUCUCUUGGACAAAGGAGGUCUGAUAUGUUGAUGAGGAGGCGUGAUGUUGAGGCGUGGAUGAGGUACAGAAACUUGCCUGAAGAGUUUAGAAGGCAAGUGAGAAAUGCCGAACAAUAUUCUGCCACGGAUGUAAAUGAAGAACGUAUUUUGGAAAAUUUGCCUGACGAGCUUCAGAUAAAUAUAAGACGCCACUUCUUCGGUUACUAG